AUGGCCAUCCUUUCAAACAGAAGAAUUUUAUUUGUUGCUCGUCCUGAAAACACACCAAAAUCUGCUCAUUUCACAUUGAGUGAACCAGUUGAGGAAAUCAAUUCUGAAACUUGCUUAAACGAAGGUGAAAUUCUUGUGAAAACCUUAUUCCUCUCAGUUGAUCCGUAUUUGAUUAUACCAAUGGGAAGAAAGGGAGUGCACCCUGAUGUGGUUCCUAAUCAAACUCCAUAUCCAUUGAAACAAUUCAAGAAUGCAGCAACUAUUGCAAAUGUUGGAGAUGUUUUUGGAGGAAGAGGUGUUGGACACGUGGUUGCAUCCAAACAUGAUGAUUACAAGGUUGGAGAUUUGGUUGCUGCUGAUUAUAAAUGGCAAGAAUAUGCAAUCAUUAAUGUGAAAUCAGAGUUGACUUUUGAAAAAUUGGAAAAUGAAAUAUUUAGUCAAGUUUCUCCAUCAACUGCUUUGGGUGUUUUGGGUGUGAGUGGUUCUAAUGCAUUGUGGGGUUUCAAUUUCGUCCUUCCAAAAGAUGAGAAACCAAUCGAAGGAAAGACAAUUGUUGUAAGUGCUGCAGCUGGUUGCAUUGGACUUACUGUUGCUCAAUUGGCCAAAAACAAGGGUUUCCGUGUGGUUGGUAUUGCAGGAGGUGAGGAAAAGGGUGAGAAAUUGCUUUCUGAAUUUAAAUUGGAUGCCGUAGUUGAUUACAAAAAGGCAAAUGGUGACUUGACCUUAUUUAGUCAACUGUUGAAGGAAGCAGCUCCAAAUGGAGUAGAUGCAUUUUUUGAUAAUGUAGGAGGAUUGGUUGCUGAUGCAGUGUAUGAAAAUCUCAAUUUGAAUGCAAGAGUUUAUUUUUGUGGAGCUAUUUCACAAUAUGGAGAUGGAAAAUCAAUUUCAACUCCUGAGAAAUACACAAACAAUCCAAAUGUUACAAGUAUUACAUGUUUUCAAGCUGAUUACAUUGAUACUAUUCCACAAGCAAGAAGAGAACUCUUUGAAUUGAUUCAAAAAGGUCAAUUGAAACCAGUUGAGUGGAUUACAAAUGGCAUUGAACAAACUCCAAGAGUUUUUGAGGAGAUGUAUGCUGGAAGAAACUUUGGUAAAACACUUAUUCAAAUUUAA